AUCCGAAGAAAUGGGAACCCUUUGGCAUAAUUGUCAUUUUGCACCUCCAGUUCCUUUAGAUAGUAAAGUUUUCCCCUUUCGAAGAUUCUCUUUCGUCAAAGUUCGGUUCUCCACUAGGAUCGAUCCAAUUCUCUGCAGCAGAGCGAAGAGCUUGAAAAUGGCGACGUCUGAGCGAAGCCCAGCUGUUGAACAGCAGAGGGUCGUAAUCUCAAACAGUCAUGACGAGAAGAUCGUCGGUCUGCUUCAUGAGACUGGGUCGAGAGAAAUAGUGAUCUUAUGCCAUGGAUUUCGAGCAAACAAGAAUCACCGAAUUAUGACUAAUGUGGCUGCUGCUCUAGAGAAUGAAGGGCUCACUGCUUUCCGUUUCGAUUUCUCUGGCAAUGGAGAAAGCCAAGGCAAUUUCCAGUACGGUCAUUAUUACCGCGAAGCUGAUGAUUUACGGUCUGUAAUUCAACACUUCUCUAACAUGAACCGUGUGGUAACUGCAAUUCUCGGACACAGUAAAGGAGGUGAUGUUGUGCUCCUCUAUGCCUCGAAGUAUCAUGAUAUUCCCAAUGUGGUGAAUGUCUCGGGACGGUAUGAUCUGAAAAGAGGCAUCGGAGAACGUAUAGGAGAGGAUUUCUUGGAGAGGAUUAAACAAAACGGGUUCAUCAAUGUGAAGGAUAAAAACGGAAAUUCCGGGUAUCGGGUGACGGAAGAGAGCUUAAUGGAUAGGCUGAACACUAAUAUGCAAGAAGCAUGUCUGAAAAUCGACAGAGAAUGCAGGGUCUUGACGGUUCAUGGAUCGGUUGAUGAGAUAAUUCCAGUGGAAGAUGCAAUGGAAUUUGAUAAGAUCAUACCUAACCACAAGCUGCACAUUGUGGAAGGAGCUGACCAUGGAUACAGUAAUCAUCAAUCUGAAUUAAUAUCUCUUGUUUUGGAUUUCAUUAAGGCAGGUAUUGCAAAAAUCUAGCCUCUCUUUUUAAAACUAGCCCGAGUUAAUCAUAUAUUGUAUUGUUUUGGAGUUCAUAAUGGCAGAGAUUGUAAUAAAUCCUUUAUUACAUGAAACAUCCUUCUUCAGUA